AUGACCAUCACGAUACAAGUCAACUCUGAAAUCAAAGUCACAGCCCUGCCACUCACCCAAGACGCCUUCCACCCAUACGGCAAUGUCAUAAACAACCCCAGACCAGACAUCCACCCGUCAACAUUCUCCUCACACGCCUCAUCUCUUCCCUCCAACGCCGUCUCCGCAAACCAAGGCCACGCCAUCCAGUACCGCAAUGUCAGCAAGAUAAGAAACCUGUACGACCAGUCGCCCAGCGGAAAGGCCGACGCCGCCAUGAGCAUGUUCGUCUGCUCGGCCCGCGAGCUGUCCUCCGUCUCCGACACCCAGGACAAGUUCACCGUGCGGAUCCUCGAACGACACCCCUUCACCACCCAGACCUUUGCACCCGUCUCUUCCUCCGCGACGGGCUAUCUCGUCAUUGUUGCGCCUAGUCUGCCGCCCAGCGAGGCGGACAAGCACCUGCCUGUUCCUAUGGGAAGUGAUCUACCCGGGAGGGGACUCCCGGAUGUGAGUGGCUUGAGGGCGUUUGUGGCUACGGAUGCGCAGGCGGUUACGUAUGGUGCCGGGACGUGGCAUGCGCCGAUGGUGGCUUUGGGGCCCCCGGGGACGACGUUGGACUUUGUGGUUUCGCAGUUUAUGAGUGGUGUUGCGGUGGAGGAUUGUCAGUUGGUUGAUUUUGAGACAAGGGGGAGGGAGGAGCCGAGUGUUGAGGUUGCGGUGCCGAGGGCGAGAUUGGAGAAGCUGUAA